AUGCACUGCGAGGUGGCCGAGGCGCAUUCGGACAAGAGGCCGAAGGAGGUUCCCGGCGUGCUCGGCCCCGGCCGUGGGUCCACUGGUCUCGGCACGCAUAUGGCCUUCAGGGUCACUGUGAGCGGCAGCGGUUGCGGGGAUGGGGGCUCGCGGGACUUGCUCCCCCGGUCGCUGGUACCGCCGUCGCGCACCCACGAUCUUCUCCGGCCUCGGAGCCCCAGAGACUACGGUCAGUCCAAGGCCGCCGCCACCUCCACCGGGAAGGUGAACGGAAGCUACGGCCACUGCACCCCAGGUUCAGAGAAGAAGAGCCUGCUGGACAUGGACCUGGUUGAAGGCCCCAGCCCCACGUGCCGCCAGAGCCUGUUUCUCCCUGCGGGAAGCCCACCGCUUCGUGGUCACCCCCCAGCCUGUGAGAGACUGCUGCAUUUUUCUAACCCUGACAACAGGUCGCCCAGGCCCCAGACCACAUAUGUCAACGGCGGUCUUCCAGCCUCACAGCACAUCAAGCAGGAGGUCCUGCCGGACUACCAGGCCAUGGUGGAAGCUCACACUCCCCUGUCUACCCACUGCCGGGCCCUGUCAGCCACUGGCCUGCACACAGACGUGGACCUCUCUGGCCGGGGUCUUGGAAACCAUGCACCUUCCUGCUACCUUCUGGGUAGCGAGCCCAGUUCUGGUCUAGGACCCCCACCUGAGGCCCAUUUCCCAGAGGGCAGCCUGAAACGCUGCUGCCUCUUGGGCCUACCUGCCGCCUCCUCAGCCUCCUCUUCAUCCUGUGUCUCCUCCGAGGGCCUCAGCCUCACCUCCCUCAUCCGCUCCUCCCAGGCAGCUCUGGUCACCUGUGUGAAUGGACUCCGGAGCCCCCCACUGCCUGGAGACCUGGGGAGCCCCACGAAGCGGGCCCGACCUGGCCCUAUAGCUGCUGAAAGCCACGAGAGCAGUUUGCAACUUGAAGCUUGCCGGAAGGGGGGCUUCAUGAAGCAGGAGCCUGUGGAUGAAUUCUCAGAACUCUUCAGCCCUCACCAACAGGGUCUGCCACCCCCAUACCCCCUGUCUCAGUUGCCACCUGGAGGCCUAGGGCUGGGCCUGGUGGGUAGGGUGGUGGCCGGGCAGCAGGCAUGCCGCUGGGUGGACUGCUGCGCUGCCUAUGAACAGCAGGAGGAGCUGGUGCGGCACAUUGAGAAGAGCCACAUUGACCAGCGCAAGGGCGAGGACUUCACCUGCUUCUGGGCUGGCUGUGUGAGGCGCUACAAGCCCUUCAACGCUCGCUACAAGCUGCUCAUCCACAUGAGAGUACACUCUGGUGAGAAGCCCAACAAGUGUAUGUUUGAGGGCUGCAGCAAGGCCUUCUCGCGGCUGGAGAACCUCAAGAUCCACCUGAGGAGCCACACGGGUGAGAAACCGUAUCUGUGUCAGCACCCAGGCUGUCAGAAGGCCUUCAGCAACUCCAGCGACCGUGCCAAGCACCAACGCACCCACCUCGACACGAAGCCGUACGCCUGUCAGAUCCCUGGCUGCUCCAAGCGCUACACAGACCCCAGCUCUCUCCGCAAGCACGUGAAAGCCCAUUCAGCCAAGGAGCAGCAGGUGCGUAAGAAGCUGCACAUGGGCUCCGACCCUGAGGCCGACGUCUUGACCGAGUGCCUGGCUCUCCAGCAGAUCCAUGCAUCCACACAGCUGGCUGCCAGCGAUGGGAAGGGUGGCCGUGCCCUGAGCCAGGAGCUGCUCCCAGGUGUGUAUCCUGGCUCCAUCACCCCCCAUAAUGGAUUGGCUUCGGGAAUCCUGCCCCCCACACACGAUGUCCCUUCCAGGCAUCAGCCCCUGGACGCCACCUCCAGUUCCCACCACCAUCUGUCCCCUCUGCCCAUGGCCGAGAGCACCAGGGAUGGGUUGGGACCAGGCAUCCUCUCUCCCCUAGUCAGCCCACUGAAGGGGCUCGGGCCACCUCCACUGCCACCAGCCUCCCAGAGCCACUCACCAGGAGGCCAGUCUUUCUCCUCGCUCCCCAGCAAGCCGCCCUACCCACCUUUCCAGACCCCCCCGCCUGCACCUCUGCCCAGCCCGCAAGGGUACCAAGGCAGUUUCCACUCUAUCCAGAGUUGCUUCUCCUAUGGUGACUGCUACCGGACUGCCGAACCAGGAGCCAGUGGGGGUGGACUGGCCGGGGAGGCCCACAGUUUCAACCCCCUGAGGCCCAAUGGCUACCACAGCCUCAGUGCACCUUUACCUGCCACAGGCUAUGAGGCCCUGGCCGAGGCUACGUGCCCCACAGUACUGCCGCCGCAACCGCCUGAAGACGUGGUGCCCAGCGGCCCUGAGGACUGUGGCUUCUUCCCCAAUGGGGCCUUUGACCACUGCCUGAGUCACAUCCCCUCCAUCUACACAGACACCUGAAGGGAGCCCCCACCGCACCUGCCCACCCUCCGUCACAGGUGCCGCACGGCCCACUUGCCGGCCCUGCCCUCCC